CUGAAUGCGGUGGGGGAUGGUAGUGUCUGUUGGCUUGGCACCUCAAGACCACUCAUGGCUACUAUGAGCUUUUGUUGAUCGAGUUGGCCUGUCUCUGAUUCGGCUGCCAUGAUUCUGAGAGCUAAACCACAAUUAACUAACCAAGAUGCGGCGAUACAUUCGUGUUCUAGCGUUAUGCAUAGUGUUUGCGAUUGUCUCCGUGUUGUACGUGUUCAAUAAUCUUUCCUCGUUGGGGACCUCCGUUGCCGUUGUUGGGGGUCUCGCUUUCUCACGAUCCGCUUCUCUACAAAGUGACGUCGGGAAGAUAGCUAGGCGAUGGCCGGAGACAAGGGCCCCGGUGGACCUGCAAGGUUACAGGCAAGGUGCUGGCGAGGUCACUGGCUCCCCCACUACUCCCCCUACCGGUCCUCCUCCUCCUUCACCUCCUCCUGAGAGGAGGAGGCGCGGGCGUGAGAAGGAGCCCAUGCACCUGGCGGUGGUGGCGUGCGGAGACCGACAGGAGGAGACGCUGACGAUGCUCAAGUCUGUCGUGCUGCUCAGCGCCGGACCCAUGAACUUCCACGUCUUCGCCGAGGAGCAGCUGCAUCAGGGCUUCAUAGAUGAGCUGGAGUCCUGGCCCGGUCCCCACCGGUCCAAGUUCAACUACACCAUCUACCCCAUCAGCUUCCCUGGGAAGCAUCAGGACGAGUGGAAGAAACUGUUCAAGCCCUGUGCCUCGCAGAGGCUCUUCCUGCCGCUGCUGCUGCAGGACGUGGACUCUCUGCUGUACGUGGACACGGACGUGCUGUUCCUGCGCCCCCUGGAGGACGCGUGGGCGCUGCUCGCCCGCUUCAACGCCACGCAGCUGGCCGCCAUGGCGCCCGAGCACGAGGAGCCGCGCAUCGCCUGGUACAGCCGCUUCGCCCGCCACCCCUUCUACGGCGCCACCGGCGUCAACUCCGGCGUCAUGCUCAUGAACCUCACCAGGAUCCGCGCCGCACACUUCAAGAAUGACAUGACGUCCGUGGGCCUGCACUGGGGAGAGCUGCUGUUGCCGCUGUUCCACAAGUACAAACUCAACAUCACUUGGGGAGACCAAGACCUCAUCAACAUCAUCUUCCACCACAAUCCUGAAAACUUGUACGUCUUCCCGUGCCAUUGGAACUUCCGGCCCGACCACUGUAUCUAUGGCAGCAAUUGUGAUGCUGCCAAACAAGAGGGUGUGUUCAUUCUCCAUGGCAACCGUGGAGUGUUCCACGACUCUCGGCAACCGGCGUUUAGAGCUAUCUACGAUGCUAUCAGAAAGUUCCCUUUGGAGCAGGAUCUGGUGAGCUCACUCCUGCUCCCCUUGGAGAUCAAGCUGAACGGGACCACGCACACGUACUGUGGGAAGGUCCACCACCUGUUCACACAGAACUUUGGCCCAACCUUAAUAGAACUCCAAAGAUCCAGAGACCAAGAUGGAUGACCUGAGGAGGAAGGAGGAGGUGAUGGUAGAUUGCUUCACACUGUUCUCACCCCUGUCACGUCCAUGUUCUCCACCGUGGGAGACUGUUUGUUUGUUUUUGUUGUUGUUGUUGUUGUUGUUGUUGUUUACAGGGCGUGGUGGAAGGUCCGUGUUCGCCAGUAAAGCAGUAUCUUUGUUUUUUAGAAGAUCUGAAUGGACAUGUAUGUGCACUGACAGACACACACACACACACACACACACACACACACACAAACACAAAGAAACAAACACACAGCACCCACAAACAUGUGAAGAUUUGAAUAAGUACUGUGAAUAGUGAGGAUGGGAUUUCUGUCUUCUGAGCGAUCUUUCAUUCAGGCAAUGAGAUGGGUGGAAUGGUCAAUAUAUUGUUAUUGUUUUUGUUAUUGUGGAGCCCA